AUGGCCAGUCUGACUGAUUUUGUCGAUUUCUCCCCCCGGUCCCUGGCGUUGUCCGCGGCGACGAUCGCGUUCAAUCCGAUUUUCUGGAACAUCAUUGCCCGCGCAGAGUACAACAACCACAUCUUGACGCGCAUCUUCGGUGGCCCCUACAAAGGAUGCUACUUCCUGGCCUUUGUCAUCUUCUCUCUUGGCAUUCUGCGUGAUCAUUUCUACCAGGUUGCUCUCGAUGAGCAACCCUUCUACGCGCCGGUGCACCAGCCCCUCGUUGGCGGUGUCCUGUUCGCCGUCGGUUCGGUCCUCGUGCUGUCCAGCAUGUGGGCUCUGGGUGUGACCGGCACCUAUCUCGGUGACUACUUUGGUAUCCUCAUGGAUGCCCCCGUUACCGGUUUCCCGUUCAACGUCACUGGCUCGCCUAUGUACUGGGGUAGCACCCUGAACUUCCUCGGCGUUGCCCUGUACAAGGGCAAGGUUGCCGGUCUCCUUCUGACCGCUCAGGUCUUUGUGCUGUACUGGUUCGCCCUGAAGUGGGAGGACCCCUUCACCGCCGAGAUCUAUGCCAAGCGUGAGCGUGAGCGUGCCAAGAAGUCUGGCGGCAAGAAGCAGUAA